UUUGACUCCUCAGGGGGUGGAGCAAAAGAUUUCUUUCCUGGAUGGAGCAGUCAGUCUAUGGUCAGUGUACAAGAGUUGCUGUAGCAACCUCACAGCUGUGCUCUGUCUAGCAGAAACUUGGGAUACAGAAAAACAGCAAAUACAAAUCAUGGAUGAAAUUUAUAAGAUCACUUCCACAGAAAGGGUCCAGCUGUUGGAGAAAAAACUGACUGUGCAACUGACUGAACUGAAGUCUGAGAUAGAAGAGCAGGGAGCUCUUCAGGGAACAGCUAAUCGAGUUUACAGCUCUAUUCAAGUGCCAAAGGAUAUUUAUUACUUUAGAAGAGAGAGGGAACUAGCACUGAAGAAAACCUUACGGGUGGCCGAGUCGAAGCCCCUUGUUGUUCAGGCAGACGCCAUGCAGAGGGAGCUAGAGAGCUGCCUAAGAAGGGAGUACACCCCUGAAAAUUUACCUUUGCUUCUGUUGCAGUAUUACACAGAGAGAAUUACCCAGCUGGCCCAGAGUAAAUAUUUACACAUGCUUAGGUGGAAGAGGUUUUGCCAACACAGUAAGAUCAUGGAGCAACUUUAUCCUCUUUACAAGAAACAAGUUGGCUACAUUAUGCAGGAGUACAAUGACGCCCUUCAGAGAGCUGAAAGAUUGUCUGUUGCUCGAGAAAACUUCCUCAUGGGAAAAAACAAUCCUCCUAACUUGGUGACACAGGAAGAUCUGACUAUUUACACAAGGUGGUUAGUGUGCCACCUGCACUCUCUCGGGACUGUUCACCAGUACCUGCAGGCCCUCCAGUAUUUGCCCAUCUCCAAAGUGCUGAGUUUAGCUUUCAACCAAGUCACUGAAGUUGGUCAGAAAAAUGAAAAUGUCUGUGUCAAUGACAUUGACCCUGACAUUCAGGGUUCUGCAUCUCCUGACCCUGUGGAUAUCAGCAUUUCUGGGCCAAUGAGAACAGAAGCUGCUUUUGUCCUCCCCCAACAUGCAACAGAAACAGGAGAACUGAAACCUCAGCUGAAGCUCCUGCUCUCCCAUUUCAGUAUCCCAUAUGACGUAGAAGAGCUCUGGGACUCUGCUAAGGAAAUGGAACUUUUUUCCUUGGUUUCCCAAAAAUUUCAAAGCGUCUUCAUGGAGCAACAGAGAUUGCAAAUGUUUCCAGACUAUGAAGCUGGAACAGCUAAAGCAGAUAAUUUGGGUUUGGCAGGACCCAGAAUGACCCUGAAAAAGAGAGCCAACUGGAUUUCCUUCAUAAAGAUCAAGCCAAAAUGUGAUCCAUGGCAAAAGAAGCUUUUGACUAAAUUAAAAGAACGGAGAAGAACAGAUGCAUUAUUGCAACUCCAAGCAAAGUUUUUGAAGAUUUCCAACCCUGAGCGAGUAAUGCAAGUGCUCCAAGAUCAUGCUGCAAAGACAGUCAUGCUGGCUCCAUAUCAUCCAUCUUUUGUGGCUUCCCAAGGUUUGCAUCAGUGCAAUUAUGACCAAGUCUGGGAGAAUAUUUACAACAUCAACCUCUGUCAGAAUAAAAAUAUGAAGGAUGAUGACCUCUCCAUGAAACAAAAUGAAAAUGAUCUAUCACAAAUAACUCUCAGCCAACAUGCUGAUGGGCCUCUCAAGCAGAUACAAGAGACGGGGUACAACUAUGCAAUGACCCUACAACUGCUGGGCUUGGAAGACGGCACUGACCCCAGUGAUAGGAAUCCUGUUCUGAUGAGAGGGGCCUACUUGUCCUUUCUGUAUCUGCGCCACCUUCGAAUCAGAGAACUGCAGCGCAUCUGCUUAGGAAUUCUGAAUUAUUUCAGAUCUGUUGAGCGAACCCUGACAAUCAAUACUUCGGGCCUUACCUUGGUUUCAGGGAAACUGGUCCCCACCAUGGAAGAUAGUUCCUGGGUAAAUAUGGCAAAAGGAGGUCUGGGCACCUUGCAGGGCCUGGGCGCUCACCACUAUGUCCAUGAGACGCCUGCUGAGCACAAGGUCCACAGCGUCCAAUUCAUGGAGUUCUCGGAAGUGGAGAACCAGGAUGACUACUACAGCACAGAAGCUGGCUGCAUCCACACCCAGGACCAGCAAGGGGUGCAUGUCAUGUAUGAGGAAGCCUUGAGUGAUCUCAAGGAACUAGAGGCAGAGUUGCUGCUUGUGGCUAGCCAUUACAUUGAGAAAGAAAGGGGUCACAAAGUGGGCAGCCAGCCAAAGAGUGGCCAGGACUGGGGAUGGGCCCAUGCAGAUGUGGACAGAUUUGCUGUGCUGUAUGACACGUGGACUUGGGAAGCAGCUCUUCUGGAAAACAAGCGCCAGCUUCUUGACAGUUACUUUGAAGCCUACCAGCACACGUUGGACCCUGAGGAGAGGUUUACCUUAGCACAAGUGAUGACGGACAUCGUGCACCGGCGCCCGAGGUUUGAUUUCAGCCACCCCUAUUUCAUUAAGGCCUACCAAGAGGAAUGCACCUGCCUGAGGCUUCACCUGCAGUUAGUGAGGGGCAUCCUCAACCAGCAGAUAGAACGUCAGCGGGAGUAUGUCCAGAGGCUUUGGCGAGAGGAUCAUCUGGACAAUAGCAAUACAUUUGGACUUCCCCUUAAUAUAGUUUGCAAACAACUUAUUUCCAUCAACAAUAGCUGCCCAGCUUCAAAAAAUGUUUAUCUGCUGGAGUUCCACCCUUCCCUCAGCCUGGCAGCACUUAUCCCCAAAGCCCUAGAGCAUCUCUUCCAAGAGGCCUGCCAUGCCUGCAGACCCACAUCAGCCAGUGGCCUUGCCUCCCUGGAGCGACAUGUCCUGCAGCUGGCCCUGGACCUGUGGCUCACCCCAGCCACGCCUGAGGCCUGGUACAGUACACAGCUCCAGAAAGAUCUGUUUUCAGCUAAAGUUAUGGGAGAUCCCUUUCUCGUGGGGGAGAUAGGCCUGCUGGCAUUCAAGUCUGCAGCAGACGAAGGACAGAAACAAGGCCAAGACUCUCACGUGCUGCUCUUGGAGAUGUUUUCCAAACUUCUGGAACUCUUGACCCUCCGCCACCGGCUGAUAGAAAUGAGCCUGGAGAGUGCACACUUAGCUCGGCUCUAUAAAGAAUUGGCAUGGGAGAUGGGUUUUGAAGAGUUCCAUUUGUAUCUGAGGCCUGUUCACUUUGAAUUUGCAUCACACGGGGACAGGGCAGACCAGCUACCUCCUGUGUUUAUAACCUCUCUGCUGGAGGACAGUGGUCGGGUAGACAGAUAUUCUCCUACUGCUCUUGUCUUAGCCAUCUCUGAGGUGGAUGAUAACCAAAUUGGCAAAUUUAGUUUUUACACAAAGGAAGCCAUUCUUAAGCUUUUGCUGCAUUCAGGAGUGGAAAAUAUGCAGGUGACUCUUGCAUGCCAAGCUGCUCAGAAAAAUGCUUUGAUGGCGGCUGUCCAGCAGGUGUACUUCUAUUGCACCCCUCAAGGGAGCUGUCCUGCUAAUGUCAAGGAAAUAAGUUCAGAUCUGAGAAAUCAUGGUGGAAUGGGCCCAACCAGAAGAAGAUAUUCCAGAAUUGUGAAUGGCAUAGACAGCUCGCUGAUAGCCCCAACUCCAAAAGUCCCAGAUACCCUUACUCAUUCUCCAGAAAGAUUUCAGGCUACCAAAAGGGCUCCAGAGGCCUUUGUGUCUAUUCAACUGGAAAAGGUGGGGCUGCGGGACAUGAUGCUGAACACCUUCCUCCUGAGGAAACAAACCAUGGCCAACAGAACGAAGAGCCCUGAUGAAAUUGGAAAAGUCAAGAGAGAUGUUAUAGUUGAAUAUUGUCAGAAGUUUAACCACCGCAUGUCUCAUUAUGCUCUUCGGGGUCAGAUCAUGGCAUACUGCAAUAGCCUGAGAGAUCUUCUGGAAGAUUUUCCUACCAUCAGGGACACCUUUUUCAUGGUAGGGCAACCACAAGAGAAGAAGGGGUUGAGAGACUCCAAGGAGGGCCUCAAGGCUGACCCCAGAAGAUUUCAGCCCCGGCCACGAUGUUUGCUGUCAGAGGAUGGAAAAGUCUUCCUCAAUUUAUGGUUCAUACCCCAUUCUUCUGAAGUGCUGGUUAUGUUCAAAACUCUGCCAGAAAAGGCAGCUUUUAAAGCCUUAAAGCGAACUCUACAGCUGAUAGCUCCUCUGCAUGAUAUCGUGGCCUACCUUGUCAGUUUUGCUAAGCUUGGCAAUUGUCCAGCAUGUUUUGAAUUUCCUCGAAGUCCCAACCCUUUGAGAGGUGACUGGGGAGGAACUGAGGGCAUUGGGUCUGAGCUUCAAGAGCUGCAGAACAUGAUUGACAGCCUUCAGAGCCCCCAGGACCCUACCCGGGUGGCCCAGGCACUCCUCCUCCGGAGGGAGGUUAUGUUUUUGCAGUUUGACGCUGCAGUAAGGCAUCUCAUCCGAAGAACAUUUUUGGCAGCUGGAAAUGUUCCUGCCUACCAGUCUGUCACAGACGGCAUGUGCCAUGGGCUACCAGCACUGAGCAACUCUCUCAGGAAGAGCAUUUUUGCCUCACAGCUCAGCCUGCCCCAGCCACUGGAUCCACGGAGCCUCCAGGCAUUUGAGCUGUUUCCUUGGAGAGCAUUUCUGGAAGAUGGAGGACCAUUCCCAGUUAUGAGUAACAGCCCAGAUACCCUAGAAUAUAAUAUGCAGCUGUGCCUCUGUGGGCUGAGUGACCGUGACCGCAAGGUGGCUCAUGGAGAACUGGUGGGUGUGCAACUGCUACUGGAAGAUGUUCUGAGUAGCUAUCAUGUGACCAUGGAGGCCCCCCAAAGACAGCAAGCCACACUGGGCAAAAAUACACAGCCAGAUUGGUCCAAAGUGCCAGGAUUCAGAAGUCAGUUCCGAAGCAGCCCAAAGACCUCUGAGCUGCUGGAGGGCCCGUGCGACGCGGUGAUGUCCUUUGCUUUGCUGAGAUCAUUUCUGAUACUGUGGAAGCAGCUGGAAGUGCUAAAGGAGCACUGGGGCCGACUCAAGCUGCAAGGCCAGGAUAUCAACUCUGUCUCUCUCCACAAACGGUUUUCAGAGCUCUAUGAAACUGACGUUCUCUACCCCAGCAUGAAAGCUAUAGCCAGGCAGAUGGGGAAAGAAGAUGAAUUUGAAGGAUUUAUAGUAAAUAAUCAGUCUGUUCUUCCCCCCAGUGGAGCCUCAGAAGUUGAAAUAAAAACUCACCAGCUUCAAAAACUUCUGGAAAAUUGUGAAAUUCAAAUGAUCCAAGAGGUACUAAGAAAAGUUAACAGAGAAAUGACACUGGUUUUAUCAGAAAAGUGCAAGGAGGAGUGUUCUCUCCCUACAGAUCUCUGGAAACACCAAGUCAUGAAAGAAAACUUUUCAGUCUCAAGACCACAAAUAGUUGAAAAAUUUAUACAGAGAUUAAUGCAGAAUUAUCAGGAUGAUGGAGUAGAGAUCACUUUCAGGACAGAUCACCUUGAGGCCUGCCUCCUUUCCCUGGGUUGUGAUGUGAUGGCAAGAGAACGCAGCAACUUUGAGACCUACUCCAUGUGCUAUGAGCAUGUGUUGCAUCAUGCUAGGCAGAGGCUCAGCCAGAAAGAGCAAGAAUUAGAUGCUACACAAAGAGGCCAGGGUCCACCUGAAGACAGUGCUGGCCAGAUUGCAGAGCUCAGUCAUGAUAUGACCAUGGAAAUCACCACUCUGAGAGCCCAACUCACAGACUUGGAAGAGGUGAAUCUGAAUCUCAAGAAGCAGAUUAGAAAAGAAGUCCAAGAAGAAUAUGAAGCAUUAGUCCGAGCUUUGUUUGAGACCUGUUUACACAUAAAAGAGAAGCUGGAUGAGAAUCAGCUUAAUUUGAUCCAGAAAGUGUGUGAGCUCAUCGGUGAAGUGAGAAUAGAAGGGAUUGACAAUAUGAAGGACCUAAAGAAAAAAUGGUGCUCUGCCAGCCCCGAUGAAGGAAUGAAAGAAAACCCAGCCAAAGAACAGCUGUGGGCCUUGGAGCAGGACAACUGCAGCCUGGCCAACCUGGUGUGCAAAGUGAGGAGCCUGGGCCGCUGGAGGCUGGCUGUGCAGCAGGCGCGCUUCCAGGCCCAGCUGAGCAGGGCAGAGAAGGAAUCUAUUCAAAGUAAAAAAGAGUAUUUGCGCAUCAAGCUGAUGGCAGAGCGAGAAGUGGGUUUAUUUCGUCAGCAGGUCCUGGCUCUCAGGCAGGCCCUGGCCAGGGCACAGGCUGACAGCGCGAGGAUGUGGAAGCAGCAGGACAGCCAGGCUCAACUGCUGAAGGAGUUAGAACAUAGAGUGACCCAGGAAGCUCUCACCCAGCAGCAGCUGCAUUUUAUGAAAACAUCCAGGAUGGAGAAGCUCUUGGAAGAUGUGGGGCAAAAAGAACAGCAACUGCAGCUCCUUAGCAAAGAGGCUGAGAGGGCUUCUAAGCUGGGCCAACUGCAGCAGAAAAAAAUGAAGAGGGACCUCCACCAGAUGAGAAGCCGGCUUUCCCAGGAGCGCAGUGUGAAGCUGGAUGCUCUCCUGCGUGUAGAGGAGCUGCAGGGUCAGCUUCACCAUGCCCAGCGGUCAGCUGUCCCCACGGGCUCGUCAGGCGACCUUAUAUCCCAGGCUCAAUACUCCCCAACUUCUGCUUCCACAUCAUCCAGAUACUCCCAGCAACGCUUUUUAAAGACUAAUCUCAAAGGCAGUAAAAUAACAAGAUGGAUUCAAAGGCCACAGACUGUACCUAUUAAACACAAAAAAAGAACUGACGAUGUUUUCCUACCCAAUAUGGCAGAAAAUGUUCAACUGACAGCUUUUCAGGUUCAAACAGCUCCAUCCAGAUUCCCAUUUAGAGCUGACUGGUGAUGAUAUCUUCUUUUUCCAACCUUUAUUUCUAUGAGUAUUUGAAUGAAUAAAAAUGACUCCAAAUGCCAUUAAAUCU